GGGUUUUCAGCACCUGCCCCAAAAGAGGAGCAGAGGAGGAGUCCCACAUUGAGAUUAGCUUUUCUCUCUCUCACUUCCUUCUCUCCACUCGGUAUGGCUCUGAGCCUUCCGAUUCUUUAAUGAUCUGAAAUAAUCUCGUUGUGGGUAUCACAAUUCGUUGAAUUUUGUGUUCAGUUUGGUGGGCACUAUUCAUCAUUGAGUGCUGGAUUGUUACCUUCUCUCACUUCUGAUUACCUCUUGUUUUUUUGAUAAUUGUAUAUUAUUAUUAUUAUCUCUUCCGAUCUGGCUUGAAUGAUUUCACUCUUUUUGAGCUUCAACAUGAAGUGAGCUUUGGUAUUAGAGAAGAAGAUUUCAUGUUCAUGAUGUGUUUGAUCAAGAUGAUGAUGAUGAGAAAUGAACAGUGUCUCUUUUGACCAGAGAAAGAAAGAGAUCAGAUAAAGCAAAAAAGAGGCCAUGAAGAAAAGAUGUCCCCUUUGAUGUGUUUUGUUGAUGGUAAUUGUCAAUGACAGAGAAAUAUAUAUCUAGAGAGAGAAAAAUAAAAAAAUAAAAGAGUGUAAGACUCUUCCUUUCUCUUUUUCUCUUUUUUCCUCCACACGCUUCAUUUCUGUCCCGUGGAUGUGAUGUGCCUUGAAGAAGAUUAGCCUUGUUUUGCAUUGUUUCACUCGCAGAGAGACUUCUUAAAGUGUUGCUCUGUUUUGCGUUUUCUUCUUCUUUUAUUCAGUUCGAUCUCUUCUUUCUUUAUCCACAGAAAGUGUUUGUAAAAAUGCCGAUGAAUGCGCCCUCUAGUCGGAGGAGAGACGGGGAUGUGAAGUAUGAUGUGGGUGGUGGUGGGCAUGUGUUGGAUCUGGAAACCGCCGUGAAAGAUGGGAUUUUGGGCGGCGGAGGUGGGGUUGUUUGCGGCGGAGCCACCGUGGAGAAAUUGGAUCUGAAGAAGAUGAUCGAAGAGCUGGAGUCGAUUGAAGUCCCGACGGUGUUCAUUUGCCCCAUUUCGUUGGAGCCAAUGCAAGAUCCAGUAACCCUUUGCACUGGGCAGACGUACGAGAAGUCCAACAUUCUCAAAUGGUUUUCUCUAGGGCACUUCACUUGCCCCACCACAAUGCAAGAGCUUUGGGAUGAUUCAAUCACGCCAAACAAGACCCUUCACCAUCUAAUCUACAGUUGGUUUUCGCAGAAGUACUUGGCGAUGAAGAAGAGGUCAGAGGAUGUGCAAGGAAGGGCUUUGGAGCUUUUGGAGACUCUGAAGAAGGCCAAGGGUCAAGCUAGGGUUCAAGCUCUCAAGGAGCUUCGGCAGGUGGUUGCAACCCAUGAUUCAGCAAAGCAAACGGUGGCGGACAAUGGUGGGGUUAGUUUGAUUUCUUCUCUACUUGGUCCUUUCACCACUCAUGCGGUUGGAUCAGAAGCACUGGGGAUUCUUGUGAACUUGGAUCUCGAUUCGGAUUCGAAGUCGAAUUUGAUGCAGCCUGCUAAAAUGUCAUUGAUGGUGGACAUGUUGAAUGAGGGUUCAAUUGAGACAAAGAUCAAUUGUACCAAAUUGUUUGAGUUGUUAAUAGAGGGGAAAGAGUUUAGUUCUGAAAUUGUGUCAAGUUUGAGUCUUUUGGUAGGAUUGUUGAGAUUAGUGAAGGAUAAGAGAUACCCAAAUGGGAUAUUGUCUGGACUUGCUUUGCUCAAGACCAUUUGUUCACAUGAACCCAUUAGACAUUCGCUUGUGAGCAUUGGGGCUGUUCCUCAAUUGGUUGAGCUCUUACCCAAUUUGAAUGCUGACUGCUUAGAGUUAGCACUUUAUAUCCUCGAAAUUCUUUCAAUCCUUCCAGAGGGUAGGUUGGCUUUAAAAGAUUGCCCCAACACUAUCCCGAAUGCUGUAAAGUUAUUGAUGAAGGUCUCAGAGAGUUGUACUCAAUCUGCGUUGUCGGUAUUGUGGGCUGUUUGCAAGCUUGCCCCAGAAGAAUGUGCUUCGCUUGCUGUUGAUGCCGGUCUGGCAGCGAAGCUCCUCCUUGUGAUUCAGAGUGGUUGCAAUCCGGUGUUAAAGCAAAGGUCAGCAGAGCUAUUGAAAUUGUGUAGUCUAAACUAUACUGCUACCAUUUUCAUUUCCAAGUGUAAGCUUACAAGAACAAUACAGUGAAGGGAAUUGUCAAAUUGUUCAUAUGCACCCACUCAUUUUUCCUUCCACCGGAAGGACCAUGGAGCUCUGAAGAUUCGUUUGUAUCAAGGAGAAUGAAUGAAUCCGAAACAAAGUGAAAUAGGGUUCGUGGCGGUACUUCUUUUCUCCUCCCCUGUAUAUUAAAGAACUUCAAUUCUGUCAAUUGAUAUUACUUGAAAAACAAGAGCAUCAUAAUGUGGAUUCAUAGACUGAUUUUGCUCAAUAAGUCCCUUCAAGUCUGUGAUCCAAAUUGAUUCACAUCUGUUCGUUCACAAUGGUACUGGCUACUGGUGACCAAUUGCAUAAGUUGUUUCAAUCUGCAAGAAGGAGCUGUAAAUCAUGUCUCUGAAAAUGGAGUUUGGAUUGGGAUGUGAACACUCAUUGGAAUUGGGGGAAACAAUUCCAGCAGGGGCCUGUCUCUGCAGUUGUUAAUUGUAUUAGGGUUUUCCUGCCAUUGAUCCCAAAUUUUACCCCUCAUGUGGGGGUCUUUGUAGAUCAAUUUGCUCAUUGUUCAAAGGGUUGUUUCACUUUGAGUCCACCAUUGUAGAGCUUGUAGUAUUUGGCCUUUCAAUAUAAGAAUCAAGAUGUAUAUUUGAUGUCCAAUUUCUCUUCUUCUUCUUCUUGUCUAUUUUGAUUUCUAAAAUUUCUGUUUUUGUAUGCCACAAGACACUGAGCUUGCUAUGUUCUUGCUAUUGCUGACAGUAUGACCCACUAUAAUUGAUAUAAAGCUGCCAGCCCACCUUAUAAUCCCCUCCUAAACAUGGUGUCUUGUUUUUCAUUAGUCAUUUCAUUCAUUUCAAUUCAAAUUUGAGGUCUAUUAUUUUAUGUAUUUAUUCAAUUGUCUAUC